AUUUUAUAACACAAAAUAUGAGUUCCUCUCAAGAAGAAGGUAAAACUCCCUUCCAACCCAGCUCUUCAAGCUAUAUCUCCAGCAUUGAGUCCCAAGAGCCCUCAACCCACCGUCAGCCUCCUUUAGACCCUCCUCCAUCUACAAAACCCACUUCUGAGCUUCAAGAGGAACUGAACAAAAUACCACCUGAACUCUGCACAGCAGAAUUCCAUGGCAUUAUCAACAAAGUCUGGCUGACACAACGAGAUAAAGAAGUUCUCAAAAACGAUGCUGAAAUCUUAAGAACCGAAGUAUCUCAUAUUUCCAAAGAAGGCCAAUGAGUUUGUUGUAAAAACAAGUUGGGAGACCUCUCACAAGUGGAACGGUUUACCUUCUGGACAGGUAUACAGACCUUCAAGAUCUUUGGAACUGGUGUCCCUAUGUAUUUCUAUUUUAUGAUAUUUCUCAUGAUCUUAUUCUUGUCCAUCUCAUUCGUAGUUUCUAUCCCUACAAUCACACUCAACAUUAUUGAAGAUGAAAAGGACGAACUUGGUGUACGCUCUCCAUCCUUUUUAGUGUACACUUCCAUUGGAAAUCAUGGGAUAACAGCAUCUAAUUUCAGAAAAUCCUUCUCUAUUGACUCAAUAAUCGCUUUAAACAUGCUCGGGACCCUAAUUAUCUUCCUCGGCUACCGCAUCUACAGAUGCAUGAGUCUCAAGAAGGCUUCUCAAAUCGAUGAAGAAACUAUCACUCCCAGUGAUUUCACCAUAUUUGCAAUGAACAUUAAAAGAGAUGUUAGUAAGAAGCAAAUUCAAGACCAUCUUGAAGAAAAAUAUAACGCUCAAAAUAUCAAAGAAGUUAUCCUCUGAUAUGACAUUAAUCGUGCUGUAGAGCUACUUCGAAAAAGGAAGCAAGAAGAACGCAGAUUAGCAUCCUUUAGACUUAUGUAUUCCAAUGUGGAAGACCCAUCUAAAUUGAGAAAGAAAAUUUGCUGAUAUGAAAAACAUGUAAGAACUGAACGGCAGAUUCAAGAAAGAAUUGACAAGCUUACUGAAGAAAUCGAAGAGUGAAAGAAAGUUUAUGAAAACCCUGAAAGAGACGAAGAUGAUGAGUUUUGAGGAAAGGCAUUUAUAAUUCUAAAUAACCAAAAUGAAGCUACUCGCCUUAAUGAAGAACUUCACAUUAAAUCCUACAAGAGAAUUUUCAAAUAUGUUUGGAAUAAACUAAUCUGAUGUAGGUCUAACUCUAGAGGGAAGUUUAAUAUUGUUACUCAAAGAGCAAGUGAGCCAACUGAUGUCUUCUGGGAAAAUUUACCAAUAACUUCAAGAGUACGCUUCACCAGAUCAGCUAUCUCAUUCUUUGCAAUGUUUUUCCUACUAUUGUUCUCAUUUUGAUGAAAUUUAGUCUUCGGGAUCUUCAAAGAUCAUUUGGAGAGAAAAUAUGACAACAGCGGGAAAGCAUUCCAAUUCUUUAAUUUCAUAAUGCUGAUGCUUUUGAAUGCACUAAAUUCCUUAGUGAUUUCAUUUUUCAACGUCAGCUUAAAGCACUUAGGAAAAAUUUUGACUGAAUAUGAAAGGCAUGAUUCAUAUACCUCUUACACUUUAUCCUUAACAGUGAAGAUGGUAGUAUCAAUGUAUAUCAACACAGCAAUCAUUCCUCUCUGAAUUAAUUACCAAGAGAAGUAUUGGUUUGCAGGUACUGGGCUGAUAGCAGAUAUAUUCUACAACACUAUCGCAAUAUGCUUUAUCAGCCCUCUCCUUUAUUUUUACGAUCCUAAAUAUCUGUUAAAAGUAUGUAAAAGAAAAAGGGAGAUAAAGAAAGGGGAAAGAUCCAAAUUGACACAAAGGCAAUUUAACGAGCUUUUUGAAGGACAGGAUAUUAGCCUUGAGAACAGAUAUACUUCAGCAUUUCUAAUAAUUUUGGUAUGCUCGACAUACACUGUACUUCUCCCAAUCCUUCCGAUAAUUUGCUUCUUCGGAAUCCUCUACCAAUAUUGUCUGGUUAAAUACAUGUUGGUGAAAUACAAUUCUCGCCCAAGAGAAAUUGGAUACAUUAUGGAUAUAAGCGCCUCCAACAUCUUGAUUCUAGUGAUCCUUGUGAACGGAUGAAGCAUCUGGUACUUUCUGACCAGACUCUCUGAUGGCGAGAACUUCUUUGCCUGGAUUCCUCUUUUAAUCGCUAGUAUUUGCAUCUUGCUCCCCAUAAGUUAUAUUGAGAAGAAAUUAAAUAUAAAUAAAGUGACAAAGAGCGACAGAGUUACCUAUGAAUCCAUCGAUAGCUUCGAUUUUACAUAUAAAACUUGAAAUCCUGUUGAGCUUGAUGGGAAAAUUAGUAUCGCAAGAUUGGAAAAAUAUGCUGGCAAAGACAAGCUUAAGCAAAACGAAAUCAUUUGGGGAGAUCUCCUAAAAGACGUUACUGAAGCUCUUAAAAUGAGUAAUCAGAAAGCAUCAUUAUUGCCUCCAAAAAUAAAGAAGAACUUUAGUGCUCCUAAUAGAGCUGCUCCUUUACGAAAGCAAUCCAAAACUCAAGAUUUAACUGUUUUCGAAAGACCAAGGAGAUUUACUACAAAGGAAAGCGGAAACUCCUCAAAGGAAGCUCUUAGCUCACUUAUUAAUAGUGCUCAGGGAAGUCGAAAGUGGAGUGGUACAUCAAAAACUCUUACCAAGAAAUUCGAUGAAAAGGAAGAACAUAGCUCUGAGGAUAGGAUUAUUACUCCUGGGGAGAUCAUCCUUGAGACCAAGAAAGAAACACCAGGCAAUUGGGGCAAGGAUAAAGUAAUGGACCACAAACGGACUCGAAAUGGUGAUCUAGAAAAUAUCCCAUCGGAAGGAAGCCAAUCAAGCAGUAGUGAAGACACAGACUAUAUUCCUGAAAGCGAAAGCUCUGAAGGUGAAGAAGCAAGUAGCUCCCCUAAAAAUGAUAGUACAAGUGAACAAAUCUCUUCUGAGAUUUAUUAG